AUGUCGCAACCCACACAACCCCCACCACUAACGCCCUCCCUAUGCUUCUCCACCACCCACCUCCGAGCCUUCCUCCGCACCUCUCGCUCCCUAAUCGACGACCCCAUCAACACCUCGCUCAACAGCCUGCUCACACCCUCCACGCCAGCCUUCGACCCCUCCUCCACACACACGCGCACCGGCCCCUCAUCUCACAACCUCCCCGCCACCACCUGCUCACCCUUCCUCACCUCCGUAAUCUUCCCCAGCUGGAAAGCGCGCGCCGACGUGCUGCGCUACUGCGCCAGCGUCGCCACGAGCCCCGACCCGGACGACCCCGAAGCCGUCUCGCGAGAAGUCUACAACCGACGGGGCCAGGAGCGCGUGGUGGACGAGCGCCUCGAUCCGUACAGCGGGCGCUUCUUCCCGCGUGAGCCGCGCACGGAGCAGCUGGCCCGGGUGCUGAGGGAGGAGGAGGGCGUGGAGCGCAUCGUCAGAGAGCGGACGUGGGGCGUGGUUGCGGCGAGGUGUGAAGGCGUGGGCGAGAUGGGAGAGGGAUACGAGGGGGUGUUUGCACGUUGGCGGUCGGAGCAGGAGGGGCGGAGGCCGUGA